GGAAAAAUAAACUUCAACAAAACUUCAAAAGAUGAAUAUGGUUGCGAAGAGGGCGAUCUCAGGAGCGUCACGGUGUCGACGAAAUCGAAUUCGGACGUCGGAUGAGGGAGAACCGAGUCUCCCAAGUUUGAGGAAGAAUAUGUCAACCAUCCAGGAUCGUGAGAACGAGGAGAAUAUUUUGAAACCAAGAUCUGGAAUUUCCAGAGCUUUCACAGAAUCGGAUUUCGUCAUAAAUAAGAUGUGACAGGUGUGAUAAAUUGAGGAUGACUCUGGCACUGCACAAUGAUCGAUGGAGGAUUUUGGUUUAAAAGGUUUUUCACCUAUUGGUGUAUUCUAGAAUCCUUAUUUCACGAUUCGGGUUUUGAGCAUGCAUGAUAGUUUACAAUGGUCAAGCAUGAUCAUUAACUUGAGUUGAGUAUGAAUGGAGUACAUAAGAUUGAUAGUCUGGGUUUGGUGAAUCUUGAACUUGACGAAGAGGGAUUAAUGAAUUGAGAAUAU